AUGGUAGCAAGAAUGGGUUGGGGAAUUCCUGAGCAAGGGUGGAGGAAGGGUCCUUGGACUCCUGAAGAAGAUAAGUUGCUUAGUGAAUAUGUGAGCUUGCAUGGCGAGGGAAGAUGGAGUUCUGUUUCUAGGUUUGCAGGUUUGAAUAGGACUGGAAAGAGCUGCAGGCUUAGGUGGGUGAAUUACCUUAGGCCAGGACUUAAGAGAGGCCAAAUAACACCUGAAGAGGAAGGCAUCAUUAUUGAACUGCAUGGUAUCUGGGGCAACAAGUGGUCUACUAUUGCUAGAUACUUGCCUGGUAGAACAGACAAUGAAAUAAAGAACUAUUGGAGAACCCACUUCAAGAAGAAAGAGAAAUCCUCUCAGAAACAAGAAAAGCGAAAAGCUCAGACUCUGAAACAGGAAGGGCAACACCACCAUCAGCAGCAACUAGAAGCUGGUGACAUAAAAAUUGUCAACAGCAUUGAUGAUGCUAAGAUGCAUGAAGCACCAGAAAAGCAAGAAAUUUAUUUCAUGUACUCCACUUUGGAGGAUCAACGCUUGCCCGUGAUGUCUCAAGAUGUUGCAUCUUGGGCAGAUUCUGUGGUAGAAGAUUAUUAUGGACUAUGGGGUGGAUUGUGGAACUUAGACGAUCAUCCACAGGGUCAGAUUGCUCAUACAAGUAACUGCAAAAAGUUAUCCAUGCAAAAUGAAGCAACAACUUGUUCUUUUGGAGGGGAUUCAAAAAAUAUCUACAGUGGACUGUAA